AUGAAAACACAAGAAACAAACCUUUUGUCUGAUUUUUUUUCCCUCUGCCUGAAGCAAAAGUCUACAACACGCAGACCACCGAAUAAGGACAAGUUUAUCUUUUAUCUUUUUUUUUUUCCUUUCUUCAUCUUUCUUCUCUUUUCUUUCUUCAUUUUCUUUUUCUUCCAUUUUUUUUCUCUUUUUUUCUUUUCGACAUUUUCCUUUUCUUUUUUUUCUCUCUUUUUCUUUUUUCUUUCUUUCUUUCAUUUUUUCUUCUUUCUUUCUUUUUCAUUUUUUCUUUCUCUUUCUUUCUUUUCUUCUUUCUUUCUUUCUUUCUUUCUUUCUUUUCUUUUUUUCUUUUCUUUCGUUUUCUUUCCUUGUUUUUUUUCUUUUUUUUUUCUUUCUUUCUUUCUUUCUUUUCUUUCUAAAUCUUUCUUUCUUUCUUUCUUUUUUUCUUUCUUUUUCUUUCUUUUUUUUCUUUUUUUUCUUUCUUUUUUUUUGGUUUCUCUUUUUUUAAGACAAUUCUCUUUUUUUCUUUUUCUUUCUCUCUUUUUGGGGACUUUUUUUUUUCUUUCUUUUUUUCUUUUUUCUUUCUCUUUUUUCUUUCUCUUUUUUCCUUUCUUUCUUUCUUUUCUUUUUAUUUUUUCUCUUUUUCUUUCUUUUUUUAUUUUUUUAAUUUUCUUUUUUUUUCUUGAAUAA